AUGAAAGAAUACUAUCUGGAUUAUUAAUACGAAAGAUUUUUAAUGCUGGUUCCUAUCUCUUUCCAAUAUUAACAAUUUUGGGACUCGUUUUCCUAUUGUUACUAUAAUUCAGAGAAUAGUAUAAUUAAUUCUUGGAUUAAGAGAAUCAUGGUAUAAAGUUAAUCAAAAAGAAUAGAGCAUUUUAAUAAUGAAACAAUCUACAUUUUCAAUAUAACUGAUACUGAAUUAAAAGAAAAAAAUGAAUCAUACCUCUCUAUGAAAUUUACAAUUAACAAAACAUUUCUAUAUAUGAGUGAUGAAUUUUAAUAGAAAUAUAAUUUCACUGUUGUUACUCAUUUUAUAGAUGUAGAUUUUUAUAUGAAAGGAUUUAAUACCAUUUUGUGUUUAGCAACAGAUUUAGAAACAAUGUUUAUAAUAGAUUUCCUUGAUUUCUAUUAAGAAAAUGAUAUUUAACUAAUGAAUCAACACACAAAUGAAACUUGGAGUUGGAAUGUGUAAUAGUUUGAAAGUUAAAUAUUUUAAUUAAUUUUAGGUAAUAAUGUAGUUGCUUAUGAUGAAAGAAUUUAUACAACUGUAAUAUAAUUCAUUAAAUGUGUUUUGGGAACAUUUCUAUAAUCAAUUGUAGCUUCAAUUUACAUGAAAAUGUCCAUUAUUUGUGCUCCUAUUUUAAUAAUAUAUAUGGGUAUUUAUUAAUAUAUAAGUAUUUUAUAGUGAGUUGCAUGUAAAUCUGUCAAAAUGAAGAUAUAUAAGCAUAAGCAUUGGUUGGGGCAUUUCCUUGGGUAGGCUAAUAUUUGACUAUUUUGAAUAGAAAUCAUAAAUUGAAAUAGGAGUUGCUUAAUGCUUUCAUAUAAAUGUUGAUUUUAUUUUAUUUGGUCUACUUUUUUUAAUUUAGUGGUUAUAGUGGUUCAAUACAAUUGUUUGCAAAAAGCUAUCCGAGAGGAUUAAGUGAAAACUUUUUCUCGUAAGAAUUAUAAAUCAUUUAGAUCAUUUCUAUUAAAUGAAUUUGUGAGCAUUAUUUUUUUAAGAACUAGAUCAUCCCUUUAUUUUGUUCCAAAAUACAUUACAUUAACUUAUCUACUGUUUAUAUAUUACUUUGAAUCUACUAUUUAUGGAUAUUACAAUCUAGCAUUUUAAAUUUGUAUCUUUUCAUAAUUUGCUAUCAUAUCAAUUUUUGUGCUCCAAUUUGAAAUAGCUGCCCUAGAAUGGUCAACAAUAUCUCCAUACACACCUUCAUUUGAUAGGCCACGUGUAUUAUAUUGUCCAAUGUUCAAUAUGAAUUGGGUCAAUGAUAUUCCAACUUUAUGGACUAUGUUCUUUCCUUUAUGUGGAAGAAGGUAUAAAUAAUUAAUUUACUUUAGAUUUUUCUAAAUCUAGAAUUUGGCUCUGGUAGAUAAAAAUUAUAUCUUAUUAAACAAUCUAUUAAAUUAAGAGGAACCUAUAGCUAUUGAAAAUAAUGCUCCUGCUUAAGUUCCAAAUAUUUAAGUUUAACUUGAAUUACCUUAAUAAUAAGAAUAAUAAUAAUAAUAAUAAUAAGAAUAAUAAUAAUAAUAAUAAUAAGCUAUGAUUUUACCAUAGAUUCAGGAAGGUUAAAUUAAUUAGUAGGUUGUAAUAAAUGUAGAUAAUAUACUUGGAAAUGAUUAACCAUAACAACAGAAUUAGCUAUUGUGA